AUGAAGCCUUUAAUCGAUUUUGAUGAAUGCCUUAGGGACUCACCAAAAUUUCGGGAACAGCUGGAAACGGAAGAAGCCGGCAUCGACGCUUUUGAACAAAAGCUUGAUAAGGUUCUCAAAACCUGCUCGUUUAUGAUAGAAGCAGGGAAAACAUACAUGACUCACCGGAGCUCAUUUACAAAUGCUUUGUGGGACUUAAGCAGUAGUUUUUCGGAGGAUCCCACUGUCAUGGCUAAUCUUAACCGUAUGAUACAUGCCCUACAAGAAAUGAAUAAAUUUCAUUCAAUACUGUUGGACCAGGCUUCCAGGACUGUUCUAAAGAAUCUCUCAGCUUUUAUAAAAAUAGACGUUAAAGGUGUUAAGGAAAGCAAGCAUCACUUUGAUAAAAUCUCAAAUGAUCUGGAUAUAGCUUUAAUAAGAAACUCACAGGUCUCCCGUCACAAGGCCAAUGAUAUAGAAGAGGUGGUGAAUUUGUUGCUCGCCACCCGCUCUUGUUUUCGUCACACGGCACUCGACCAUGUUCAAAAGAUCACCAUGUUGCAGGCGAGGAAACGCCAUGAGGUCCUUGCUACGUUCUUGUCGUACAUGCAGGCCUGUUGCACUUACUAUCACCAAGGGGCCGACUUAUCUGAAGACUUGGAGCCAUUUCUCAAAUCUACCGCACUGGAGGUGGCCACAAUGCGCAACGACACCAGAACGCUCGACAAGGAGAUGGAGAACCGGCACACUAUCGUGAACAGCAAGGACACCGUUCUGCCGAGCUGCAAGGCGGGCGACAUAGAAUCGGAUGGCAAGGACGGCUCGACGGGCGCCGCGUGCCUGAAGAGCGCGCCGCGGAUGCAGGGCUACCUGUUCAAGCGCACCUCGAACGCCUUCAAGACGUGGAACAGGCGCUGGUUCUACCUCUACGACAAUCGGCUGGUGUACAGGAAGCGGACGGGAGAAUUGAAUGUUACCGUUAUGGAGGAGGACUUGAGGCUGUGCACUGUGAAGCCGGUGUUGGACGGCGAGAGGAGGUUCUGUUUCGAAGUGCUGUCUCCUUCUAAGAGCCACAUGCUGCAAGCGGACUCCGAGGAGAUGCUCAACGCGUGGACAGCGGCGCUGCAGAGCGGCAUCCGUUCGGCGAUCCAGCGCGGCCAGAGCAGGGACAACCCCGACUCGCAGAUGGUGCUUGUGCCGGACGACAGCCGCCGCGGCGACAGCACCAACGCCGCCAGCUUGCGCAUGAAGAAAGUCCGGAUAUGGGAGCAGCUGCUGAGCAUACCAGGAAACAACUACUGCUGUGACUGCGGCAGUCCAAACCCACGCUGGGCCAGUAUAAACCUGGGAAUUACUCUCUGCAUAGCUUGUUCCGGAGUGCACCGAUCCCUGGGCGUUCACGUCAGCAAGGUUCGCUCGCUGACCCUGGACGACUGGGAACCGGACAUUAUAAAGGUCAUGGCCGAGCUUGGAAACAAAGUAGUGAACUUAAUAUAUGAAGCAAACACUGAGGGGGCUGACAUCGUUCGGGCGACACCUGACUGUGAUACCGGCGUCCGCGAGGCGUGGAUCCGCGCCAAGUACGUGGCGCUCGCGUUCGUCCGCAGCGUGACGAGCGCGCCGCAGACGGCGCCGCCCGCGCUGCGCACCGCGCGCCGCUGGUCCGUGCGACGGGCGCGACGCAGAGUUCGAGCGCCGCCUUCCGUGCCCGAAACAAUAAGCGACGAGAGGAGCGAUGUUAACAGCAACACCAGUGUUUCUGACAGCUCGGGAAAGUCCGACGGCAGCCCGGUGCUGUUGAUUGGCAGCGAGCUGUCGAGCGAGCGCGGAGUCGACCUCAGCCUGCCCUCCGACCACGAUUCCACCGAAGGCGAGGACGCCGAUGAUCUCGAGGCGGAGGAGCUGUCGAGCCUGACGGCGGGCGCGGUGCUGGCGCGGGCGGCGCGCGCGCACAACGUGUGCGUGAUGCGCGCCGCGCUCGCCGCCGGCGCCGAGCCGUCGGCGCCGAGCAGCCGAGCGCGCACGCCGCUCCACGCCGCCGUGCUCAGUGGUUCGGUAAUGGCGUGCUCGUUUCUAUUGUUAAACGGCAGCAAGUUGAACGCUCAAGACGAGGACGGGAAGACUCCGCUGCAUCUCGCAACCGAAGCAGGGCAUACUGGGCAGGUGUGUCUACUUCUCCGCUACCGCGCCGACCAGUCAAUCGUCGACAACGAAGGACGCACACCGCUAGACAUCGCGGUAGAGCACGCGAACGCAGACAUUGUCACGCUGCUGCGGCUGACCAAGCUGAACGAGGAGAUGCGCGAGAGCGAGAUGUCCUCGAACGACGACACCUACAACGAGGUGUUCCGCGACUACACGCAGCUGGCGCACUCGCACCCCGAGCGGCUGGUGCGCGCCCGCCACAACAACAACGACGGCGAGCAGUCGAGCGAA